AACGCUCACAACUCUUAAUUGCCACCAUGUUCCGACUUCAUCACUAUAAAUCUGCUUUUGCAGACACGCUUGCUUGCUAUACAUCCGAGUUGAAGUCAAUCAAUGGCAUCAUCAGCUACGCCGAUUGAGAAAUCCGAGGAAGAAUGGAGAGCAAUUCUUUCUCCCGAGCAGUUUCGCAUCCUCCGCCAGAAAGGAACUGAAUUGAAGGGUACUGGAGAGUAUAACAAGUUUUAUGAAGAAGGGGUUUACAAUUGUGCUGGCUGUGGAACUCCACUCUACAAGUCUACUACCAAAUUUGAUUCUGGUUGUGGUUGGCCUGCUUUCUUUGAGGGUUUUCCUGGAGCCAUCAAUCGCUUCCCUGAUCCAGACGGUAGGAGGACUGAGAUAACUUGUGCAGCAUGUGGUGGGCAUCUGGGUCAUGUAUUCAAAGGAGAAGGGUUCAAGGUUCCAACUGAUGAACGCCAUUGUGUCAAUAGUGUUUCUGUCAAAUUUAUUCCUGGAAAUGCUGCUUCUUCCAUAUGAAACAUUAGUUUUAAAUAGUGUAGUAGGUGUUUAAAUGGAAUAAUGUCAAACUUGUAGUAUUUCUUGGUGGUUGCAAAACAGCUAUGGUUAUAAGUUUGAACCACUGAGCAGAGUUUGGACUGAGAUUAAUAAAACCCUUUUCUUUUUGUUCA